CAAUCCAAAACAACAACACAACACAAAGAUCACAAUCUUCUUCUUCUUCUUCUUCUUCAUUCUCUGCUUCUUCUUCUUCUCUUUCAAAAUGGGUGGAAUCUCAAUGAACAUGAACUCUGCUAGCACCGGAUCAGUGACUCCAAGACACUACAACACCCACAAGGUGUUCCUCCUCUGCAACUACAUCCUCCUAGGAGCAGCCUCCAGCUGCAUCUUCCUCACCCUCUCCCUCCGCCUCGUCCCAUCCAUCUGCGGCUUCUUCCUCAUCCUCCUCCAUGUCAUCACCAUUGCCGGUGCUGUCACCGGAUGCGCUGCUGUUGGUGCCAACCGAUGGUACUCUGCCCACAUGGUAGCCACUGUGCUCACUGCCAUAUUUCAAGGCUCUGUUUCGGUGCUGAUUUAUACCAGAACAGGGGAUUUUCUGGGUGAGUUGAAGUCCUAUGUGAGGGAAGAUGAUGCUGCUGUGAUUCUGAAGCUUUCUGGUGGGUUGACUAUCUUGAUCUUUUGCUUGGAGUGGGUGGUGCUGACUCUGGCGUUUUUCUUGAAGUACUAUGCUUAUGUUGAAGGUGGUGCUAAUGGGGGUGUUGCUAUGAGAAGCUCUAAGGUGCAGCAGGAUGAGGAUUUGAAGGAUUGGCCAUGGCCGUUCCAAGUUUGAUUUUGUUUGGUGUGGGUGAUAAUUGGCAACACUGUUGUGCUGCUGUUCUGAUGGAUUUUGGCAUUUUGCUGUUACAAGACUAAAGUUCUCUCUGCUUUUAUCAUCAUAUAUUCGUUGAUUCAUUGGAGAAUUAGGUGUUAUUUUCUCCUAUAUAGAUGUGUCAUGUCAAUUGGGUCAUGGUGUGAGGUUUAUUGAUUUGUUUUCUACAAAUUAAUGUAGAGGGUUAUUGGUUUUCUAUAUCUCCUUAUUUUUUUGUCAAUGCUAUAUAUAUCAAUAUUAUGAGGAUUUGAGGUACUAAA